AUGGGACUAUGGGUGGUCGUGGGAGUCACAUCACCUCAGGCCCCGGCAGUCCUUCCCGAUCUGGUGCCUGAGUUUGUGCAAGCAUGGAUGCUGUUACAGGAUGCCCAGUUAGAUGCCAACGAGAGAAACAUGGUGUUGACAGCGGUGCAGAGUGACAUGCGCCUCCAACGGGUGGCGCAGGAACUGCGGACGCAAUUCCCAGAGUCAGAGACGCGUCGGCGAGACGCAAGUCGCAAGUAUCAUGGGAUGUGGGGCGAAGCACAGGACGACUACGACGAUGAGGAGAUCGCGGAGGAAGUGACAAUGGAUCCUCCGGAUCUGGAUGAGGAAGGCCAGGCCUUGUGGGCAGAGGCUACACAGGAGGUGGAGACCGCCUGGGUCGCCUAUCAGGGCUCGAAGCGCACACUGAAGAUGGCGCGAGAAAAGCAGAAGGAGGUGCGAUUGAAUCGAAAAUACUUCAGGGGCUCCAGCUCUGGCUCAGCAGCUGGAGGAGCUCACCGGGAUGAUUCGCAGAUCACCUGCCUUCGUUGCGGCGCCCUCGGUCAUCGAGCAGCCGUGUGCCCCGCGGAGAAGCCCAAGGCCAAGAGCAAUCCAACCGCCCAAGCACCAUUCGUGUGCUACUGUGAUGAAGCUAGCCUCAUCGCCGAGUCCCAGGAGCUGCCAAGCACCGCCGAGGCCAUCGCCCAAGGGAACUGUAUCAUCGACUGCGGGGCCACUAAGUCAUUGGGCUCCGUCUAUGCUUUGGAGCAAGUCAUGCGACUCUCAUCCGUGCCUAUCUCAGCAGGCGGCCGCGCAGGCCACCUGAGAGUCCAUGCCUUGGACCGUGGCCAAGGCCCCAUCCUCCUCUCCAUUGAGGCCCUCCGGAACCUCAAGGCGGUAGUGGACUUUUCCGAGGACUUGAUGGUACUCCGGGGUUUGAAUGCCAAGAAAGUGAUCCGCCUGGGCCGAUCGUCCAGCGGCCAUCAACUACUUCCAUUGACCAAGGACCUCUUCGAGAAGGCCGAGGAUGCACAUGUCGAAGUUCCCAGCUUGUCCACAUUUUUGAGCAACGCUCCCAAGGAGGAGUAG